GCCGCGUCCCUCGGCGGCACCCCUUUGUCUGGCACCGCGCUCCCGCCCCUGGCACGGAGAUCCCUCUGCUCCAGCGCAGCACGUGCUUCCCCGUUCAAUGCCAGACCCGAUGCCAUGACCCAAGCCCGUUACGCGGUCCCCGCCGCUGCCCGCCUUCUCCGUCACGCCGGCAGCACUCCGACUCGGGGCUUGGCUGGGCGCACCGGGGCCGGCUGCGGGAGGGACGCAGAGGUGCCGAGCCGAGCCGAGCCGUGCCGAGCCCCGGCACCGCCCCGCCGCUGCGCGCAGAGGGCCGCAGCCGCGCUCGGCGGAGCAUCCCGGCCCCAGCCCCUCCUCAGCGCGGUGCCGCACCUGUGCCCGGGCCCGGGGCGCUGCCGCAGUUAAAAGGAAGAAGCUUCAACAUAAAGCAGCUUGCUGAGAUCGGAAACAGCAGCAGUUGGUGUUGAGUCAUCGUGAAGUCCCUCUGACCCCAAUGUGAACAUGACAUGUACAUCCCUCUGGUGGAGUUCAGCUGAGACUGACUUCCUCUUUGGCUGUCCAUAAACUGUGAAACAGAAGGAUGCAGAAGACUAUCCCCUGCAUUUUUGUCCAUGAGUGAUAAGAGCACAAGAUCAUUAAUACAAGUCUGCUGCAAAGAUGAGUUCAGAGGAGAAGAGUAUAUCUCCAGCUCACAAAACAUCCACUCCAUCACAUAGAAGUGCCUCCUCCUCAUCAUCGUCUCAGAGAGACAGGAGGCAGAGUGUUCAUAUUUUGGAGCGAAAGGCUUCUUCAGGAAGCACAGACCCUUCUUUAAGCAAGCAGUUCCUUGAAAGUGAUCAUCUCUCUCUAUCCAAGGAACCUGACAGCUGGGAAAUAAUAGAGGGUCUGAAAAUAGGCCAGACCAAUGUCCAGAAGCCAGACAAACAUGAAGGUUUCAUGCUGAAGAAGAGAAAAUGGCCAUUAAAAGGUUGGCACAAGAGGUUUUUUGUCCUGGAUAAUGGAAUGUUGAAAUAUUCAAAGUCACCAAUUGAUAUACAGAAAGGAAAGGUCCAUGGGAGCAUCGAUGUUGGUUUAUCAGUCAUGUCUAUAAAAAAAAAGGCUCGCAGGAUAGAUCUUGACACAGAAGAACAUAUCUAUCACCUAAAGGUGAAAUCACAGGAUUCGUUUGAUGCAUGGGUUUCAAAGUUGCGGCACCACCGGUUGUACCGUCAGAACGAGAUUGUGAGGUCUCCCAGGGAUGCCAGCUUCCACAUAUUCCCCUCAGCAUCUACUACAGAGUCUUCACCAGCUGCCAAUGUGUCAGAUGGAAAGGUGCAACAAAAUAACUUCCCCUGGCAGCCUCCUAUACCUUGCAGUAACAGCCUUCCUGUCACCUGCACUACUGGUCAGAGUAAAGUAGCAGCCUGGUUGCAGGACUCUGAAGAGAUGGACAGAUGUGCAGAAGAUCUUGCUCAUUGUCAGUCUAACCUUGUGGAACUCAGUAAACUUCUUCAAAAUUUAGAAAUAUUACAGAGGACUCAGUCAGCACCAAAUUUCACAGACAUGCAGGCUAACUGUGUAGAUAUUUCAAAGAAAGACAAGCGGGUCACGAGACGAUGGAGAACAAAAAGUGUCAGCAAAGAUGCAAAAAUUCAACUUCAGGAAGGGCCGGCACCGAAGGGCCAGUUCAGCACAACACGACGCCGGCAGAGACUGGCAGCUGCCGUGGCUACAACAGUCCCUUUCAGUGCUACGAUGUCACCCGUUCGAUUGCAUUCAUCCAACCCCAACCUCUGUGCAGACAUUGAGUUUCAGGCACCCCCAAGCCACAUGGCAGACCCUCUGGAGUGCUCUACUGAGUACAUGAAGCUUCAAGAAGAAUUCUGCUUGAUGGCACAAAAAGUGCAUUCUCUUUUGAAGUCUGCCUUUAACAGCAUAGCUAUAGAGAAGGAGAAGCUUAAACAGAUUGUUUCAGAGCAGGAUCUUACAGGCCACAAUGCUCAAAUAGCUCACCUCAGACAGUCUCUCUCUCAGGCUCUCAACCAGAAUGCUGAACUAAGGAGUCGCUUGAACAGAAUACAUUCAGAAUCUGUUAUUUGUGAUCAGGUUGUCAGUGUAAAUAUUAUCCCUAGUCCUGAUGAGACAGGUGAACAAAUUCAUGUCAGUUUGCCACUGUCUCAGCAAGUUUCUAAUGAAAGCAGGCUCUCUAUGUCUGAAUCUGUUUCAGAGUUCUUUGAUGCACAGGAAGUGCUUCUAUCUGCCAGCUCGUCAGAAAACGAGGCUUCUGAUGAUGAAUCUUAUAUCAGUGAUGUGAGUGACAAUAUAUCUGAGGACAACACCAGUGUUGCAGACAACAUUUCUCGGCAAAUUCUUAAUGGUGAGCUGACAGGAGGCGCGUUCAGAAAUGGACGGAGGACUUGUCUCCCAGCUCCCAGCCCUGACACCAGUAACAUCAAUCUGUGGAAUAUUUUGAGAAAUAACAUUGGCAAAGAUCUUUCCAAAGUAUCCAUGCCAGUUGAGCUAAAUGAACCUCUGAAUACCUUGCAACAUCUUUGUGAAGAGCUGGAAUACAGUGAACUCUUGGACAAAGCUGCUGAAACAGAUGAUCCUUAUGAGCGCAUGGUUCUCAUAGCUGCCUUUGCAGCAUCAGGCUAUGCCUCUACGUACUUUAGAGCAGGAAGCAAGCCAUUUAACCCAGUGCUUGGUGAAACUUAUGAAUGUAUUAGAGAAGACAAAGGAUUUCGAUUUUUCUCAGAGCAGGUUAGCCACCAUCCUCCCAUUUCGGCCUGUCACUGUGAAUCGAAAAACUUUGUGUUUUGGCAAGAUAUCAGGUGGAAAAACAAAUUCUGGGGGAAAUCAAUGGAAAUUCUGCCUGUUGGAACCUUGAAUGUGACUCUUCCAAAGUAUGGAGAUUACUAUGUCUGGAACAAAGUCACUACUUGCAUACAUAAUAUUCUUAGUGGAAGGAGAUGGAUAGAGCACUAUGGAGAGAUAACGAUCAGAAACACAAAAAGCAGUGUUUGUAUUUGUAAACUCACUUUUGUCAAGGUGAACUACUGGAAUUCAAAUGUAAAUGAGGUCCAGGGUGUUGUGAUAGACCAGGAAGGGAAGGUGGUUCACCGCCUUUUUGGAAAGUGGCACGAAGGCCUCUAUUGUGGGGUUGCACCUUCAGCCAAAUGCAUAUGGAGGCCAGGCUCCAUGCCAACCAAUUAUGAGCGUUAUUACGGCUUCACAAGGUUUGCUAUUGAGCUCAAUGAAUUAGAUCCUUUACUGAAAGAUCUUCUUCCUGCAACAGAUGCACGAUUCAGGCCAGAUCAAAGGCUUCUGGAGGAAGGAAACAUAGAAGCAGCAGCAUCUGAGAAACAAAGAAUAGAGGAACUCCAGAGAGCUCGGAGGCGGUACAUGGAAGAAAACGGCAUUGAAUAUGUACCCAAGUUUUUUAAAAAAGUAAUUGAUGCUAAUCAAAGAGAAGCCUGGGUAACCAAUGAAACCUACUGGGAACUGCGAAAGGAUCCUGGCUUUAGUAAAGUAGACAUUCCUGUACUCUGGUGAACUGAGAAUGUAGACCUAGUAAACAUAUCACUCUGAAGAAAAAAAAUAACUAUGCACAAUAUGUUUCUUAUAGCUAAGUGUGGUUUGUGGGUCUACAGAAAAACCAUAUCAUAUGCAUUUAUAUUCAUCUUUAUAAUGGACUUUUGGAAGUGCAUUAGACCAGGCCCCUGACCACUUCUGGAUCUUUCUAAUUUUGCAGCAGCCAUCAAAACUCAAAAAAAAAAAAAAAGAAAAAAAAAAGGAAACAGAAACCUUUUAAAGUUUCAUACGCUGAAAAUUCAGAAAUAAAGAAGCAGAUGAGAUAUCCAAAGUCACUCGGAAGAGGUGGUAAGCGCAAAACUGCAACCGGUGCUUUAAAGAGACAUUAAGAGUAAUACAAUUUAAAUUAAAAAAAAAAAAGAAAAAGAGAAAAAAUUUCCAUUUUGUUUCAACUGUUUUUGUUAAAAACUCUUGGGUCACAACACUGUCAUUUCUGGCUUCAGGUUAGUCCUUUGGUGUGAUAUGCUUGGACUGGCCUUUGUCAAAAAGAUGCUUUUCUGGAAGCUGUUCCCAUUCAUAUGCCAUUGUUCAUGCCUUAACAAAAUAUGAAGAUGUACAUUAAGUAAUUUUAAAAUAUCUAUGCUUAGGCUUGUGUGGAGGGCAGAUUUUUAAAGCUCUAGAAUUUUAUCACAAUAUAAAUACUGGAAGACCUGCAUUAUUUGAAAUCAAAAGAUAACCAAACCUCUAACUGCAUUUCAGAGGUAUGAGACCUACUGUACAUGCUUUAGCUUUGGGAUGCUGACUGUAUAAUCAGACUGAAAAGAAACUGCUGGCUGGUUGAAUUUCAAUUUUGGUAAAUGCAUAUGAGUUGCUAGUCAGAAAGUUAAUAUUCUAAAUGACUGAUGCUGAGAUGCAGUCAUCACAUUUAGUACUGCCUGGACAUAGAUUUCUCAGUGAAUCUCAUUUUCCCCUGUUUAUACAAUUAGAAGUCCCUGAAGCUUUGCAACAGUGUUAAAAGCGCAGAAAGAUUUCACAUGAAGGUCUCUGGCUUCUCUCCAGAAGCUGGGUAGUGCUGUAAAUGCAAUGUUUUCUGCCACACACACUGUUUAUUUUCCUGGCUCUGUUUUUUCCCCAUCCACUUUUCUUAUCUAAAAUUAUGUUGGACAGUAUGGCAGAGGCUCCCAUGUGUUAUAACUAACAACUUCUACUUGUGUUGCCAAAACAGCUUUUGUGCAAAAUAUACUUUACAUUUUUUCAUAAAAUAGUUCUAUAUUUUUUUUAUUUUAAAAAGUCUCUUAUGUGUUGCUAAGCCUCAGUUAAUAUAAGUGGGAGAAGACUUGGCACUUUCUAUUUGAAAAUCUCUGAAACAUUAAACAGUAGGAGGGCAGAUCUUAAUAAAAGAAAAAACCAAUAAUUUAUUAGAUAAGAGCUAAAUUCCAUAUGGUAUGAUCUAGUCUUCCAUUUGUGCAUGUGUUACACAUCCCACCACUGGUGAUAGGUUAGAUUUCAUGCACAGACUCUGUAUUCCUUUCUGCCCAUACAUGACAUAUGAUUUUUCUAUUUAAGAUUCCAGUCCUCAGACCAAAAAUAAAAUCGCUAGAUAGGUAUUUGAUCUGCCAGCAGAGCUGCUUGAACAGUUGUUAGUGCGUUACCACACACCCCCAGCUCUCAGCCUGCUUCUUCCUUUUUCCGAGUCAGGUCCCCGUACAACUGAGAUUGCUUUGGUCAUUUAAGACUAAUUUAGACCUCCCUGUUGAUGGUAUAGCAAAGUAACUAGCAGGGCAACUAGCUGCUAAUCAGUUCCAGUUUCUUCACACACUUCUGUCAUCAGAAAGAACUAUGAAAACCUACAGAAAAUAUUAAGUAGACUUUUUAUGAAUUGAGAAUGUACAUGAAUUUUUAAUAAAAAUUUGGUAUAAAAAUCCCUGUGUAGAUUAAUGGGAUUUCUACCAAAGAAAAUGUAAAGUUAUUCAAAGAAUGUUAUCUUCCUCUUUCCUUGUUGAACCUAGUCUGAUUUAUUCUUAUUUUAAUUCUGCAAUUGUUGUUGUCAGAAAAUGAAAAUAUAUCAAAGUUGGUUUUUUAAAUAAUAUUUGGUUAAGGUCAUCCUGCUUGCUUUAAAAAUAUUACACUAGGAAUCAAAUUGGCACAUUGUGUGUGAAAUAGCAAUUAAUUAUUCUAUGUAGUUUUCUUUAAAGCCAAUUCUGUUAAACAUUUGCCCAUCUUUUGUGCCAGUCUUUGUGUGCAGUUCACCGUGAUAUGGGGAAGUAUUAUUUGUGUAUGACUGCAAGCACAUCUGAGGGACAGAACUGCAUGUCCUCAAAUCUUUAAUUUAAAUACAGAAAGAAGGUCUUUAGCUUUACAGAAUUCUGGCAAUGCUCUGUGAAUGCCAUUAUUUGCAAUGCAAACUGAAACUUGGUGGACAUUAAAAAUUCUAUCACUGAAUUGUUUUUUACAAUUGUUCAUUUGACAUUCAUUGAAAGAAAAAUAAUGCUAACAUUUCUAAAUUCUAGAAAAUCAGUGACAUGCUAAAUCUUUCUAUUAAAGGUACUUUCUAAGCUAAGAGGAUGUUAAAUUAGUUACUUAGUAAGUAAAGAAGACACAAAAUGAUGCAACACAAGGUAUUUGCAGUCUAUAUCAGAAAUGAAAAAGUUCAAGCAGAUGUACCAUGAAGCAGUUUCUCAUAGUGUACCGUUCUCUGUAUUCUGUGUAAAAUCUGUUAUUGCAUUUUUCCUCUAACAUUGGCAGACAUCAUGGAAUAUUUUGUGCUGUUUCUAAAGUGGAUAGGUAUGAGGGCUUCUAUCCAAAUUAUAAUUUUUAGUCAAUCUGUGACAUUUCCCAGUAUUGAGUGAGAGGGCAUGGUGAGUUUUCCCCAUCCCCUGCCCGUGUAGUGCAGAAUUGAGUAUCCCAUGCUGCAAGGAGAGUGCACCACUGGCUGUUCUGCAGCCUGGCACUUUGUGUAAAUGCUGUCUGGUUUUUGGCAGGCCUGCUGCUCAGGCAUCUCUUCCCGGUAUGCGGGAUUUUUCUGCUCCAGGAGCAGAACUUUUCACUUCUACUGAACCUCGUGAAGUUUUCCUGGCCCAGUCCUCAAGUUGAACAGUGUCGUUCCAGCUGAAGCUUUGCCAUCUGGCGUGCCAUCUCAUCCUCCUAAUUUGAUGUCAUCUGUGAACUAGUUAUCAUGUAUGACCAUGGCCUUGUCCAGGUCACUGGUGAGAUGUUGACUGUCACAGAACUGACCCCUGCAGGGCUGUCCUCGCUGCUGGCUGCCAGCAGGGCAGAAACCAUUGAUCACUGACUGCCCUUCAAGACUGGGAUUCAAGCAGUUUUCAGCCCCACUCACUCCAUUCAUCCAGGCAAUAUUUCCUUUUGGAAGGCAUGAAAAACACUAUCCAACUCAGUAGAUUUAAUUGCUAUAUGCUUGGUAAGUGUUGAAAAUUGGUGUAAAUCAUUGACACAUAAAACUUAUAAUGCAAUUUAAGAAGUUCUUUCGCUUCAAAGACAUAUGCUUUUCUCCUGUGUUUUCUAAAAACACUUAUAUCUGUAUAAAAAUUCACAAUACUUAUGCUUUAGUUUCACAAUAGUGAGCUGUACUUUCUAUUACUAUUUUUAAAGUGUACCUUAAUUUCUUCCUUAUUCUGGUACUUUGGAUAUGAAAAGGUAAUAGUAGCUAUUUUCAUCAAAUGCAAUGUCUUACAAAGAUUUAAAUAGCUUCAUUCCUAUUUUAGAUUAGUAUUACCAAGAUGGCAGAGUUUUGGCAUAUUAGAAAAUUUCAUCUCACAGGAAAAGAUGAUUUGAGUUGAUUUUCAUGAAGUAUCACUGUGAUUAAAAAGUCAUCUAGGCACCCAUUCUAAUUUUAGACAGAUGUAAGUUGCAUGAAAUAAACUUUUUUAUGUAUUUGGCUUUAAAAUUGCAAUUUCCAUUAUAAUAGUCUUUUCAUCAUACAAAUAAUGUUACCCUUUUUUUUUCUCCUUUUGAACUUCUGACUCUGAAUAAGCCUGUAUGGCACCUGUGGGUUUUAUGUGAGUAGCACGUGCCAGGCAUAUGUCAAGUACUGCAGUAUGUAAAUAUGGCACAGUGUUGGAAGAUAUUAUCCUUAAUUCCCUACUGAGCACUGUCAGUGCUUUAUGGAAACAAACUACACAAACCUUAAGGCAAACUAGGAGGCAGCUCUGCUCCUGCCCCAUGGGCACCUGUGAGCACCUUGCAUCUGGGCCAUGUUCUCUGUUCCCCCUGGAGGGAAUGGGAUUUUCUCACCUCUCACCAGUGGAGCCCAGCACAAUUCCAGUCUUACACUGAGCUUCUCUCAAAAAAUCAGAAUUUUUAGAAAUUCCCUGGAGGAAAGAGAGGUUCACUUGCAAUUGCACAAUAACCAAGUGGGUGGAAUAUAUCCAUUCUCUGUAUUGCAAAACUUGCUCUCACUAGUAAAGGGAAUGUUUGUGUGCUCUCCUUGUUUUACUGGAUUUUAGACAUUUUCUGGUGCAACAAUAAACAAUAGCUAUUUUACACGUGUUGGCAGCAGUUGUAAUCUGAGAAAUGAACAUUUUUAGAUGCCAUUAGUAAUAAUGGAGCUGCAUAAUUAAAGCAAAGGAGAGGUUUUCAGAUUAAAUCCAUCUGAAAGUGUAUUUGUAUUCAUAUGCUAAAAUGUUAGGAGUGGUUAAGCUAGAGAGUUUUGCCCACCUGGGGGAAUAAGAUUAAUAUUGACAAAAGCGUAUCAGAAACACUGGAAUGGCCUCACUGGUAACCUUGUGUAAUGCACAGAUGCAUGAGAAAGCUCAGGAAAUUCGCUACAUCAUAACCUAACCACUUACCUUGGCAGCUACUGGGGCUGGAAAACACUUCCUUGUUUUUUCUUUCUGUCCGUCAUAAAGUAACAGUCAUCAAAACUGUGUAAAACAUUUAAAAAGUAGUAUAAUUUUCUACUUCAGCAUUCCUGGUUACUUUUAUGGUAAUUUGGAUACAAAUCAGUAUUUUCGUGAAGAAAGCGUGGGGGUUUUUUUCUUUUCUUUUUUUUUUAAUGGAAGAAUCUAAACUGUGUUAAUAAAGGUAUAAUUAUUCCUGGUGAGAGUGUCUCCAUAAGCUCCAUCACAACAGUGACUGGCACCCAGGAGAAUGCUGCAAAUUUAAGGUCAGAGAAAUUGCACAUUUACAGCAAUUUAUCUUAUUUUUGUAUUACAUAUUGUAAGGAAUCUACUUACAAAAGCAAACACAUUAUUUACUCUUAAACUAGGGUAUGUAAAACCUUUAUUUAUUUGCUUUAGUAGAAAUUAUAUGAUUCUUUCAUUAAACUGGAAAGUAUCUUUAUAAAAGGAUUUUUAUACAGUUUCUUGCAAGUUUAAAAAGUAAUAUUGAGGUACUUCUCUUUUAUAUGCCAGCCUCCUAUUUUGUCAAAUUUUUUCGUAUUAUAAACUCACCAUCUCUAAUUUAAGAAAAAAUAAAUUUAAUUUUCCUUGCAACCUUUGUCAAAUCUCAGAAAAGAAAGGCAAGGGAGAGACAACAAUGCAGAAUAGUGAAACUUGUCACAGGAGCUCUGUCAGUGUGAGAGGUAACAAAGGAGAAAGUUUUCUAACUUGUAGGAAUUAAACUGUUAGCAGAGCUGCUGAAUUUGUUUUAGUCUGGUUAUCUUAAUACCAUUUUUCUUUCCACUGAUCCAUGACAGCAUGAAAAAAGGGAAGAUUGGAGACAUUUGCUCAGAAUUAGUGCUGAAGGUGAAGGGAAGUUUUUACUCUUUUCAUAAAUAAAAAAUUACUGUAGCCAGCAUUUGGCUGAAGAUGUCUUGGUAAGUUGGACAAGAAAGAGAGUUUGUACUCUGAAUAUAUAAUCAGCAGUGUGUAAUAUGUUCUUGCUGACCUGGCAAUAAUUCAUUGAAGUAUGGUAAAGCUACUUAUUGGUUCUCCUGGAGCAAUGACUCCGAUGUCUCCUUCGAAACACUAAAAUGUAUUUUCAUAUUGACUGCUACUUUUAGUGGUCUGCAUUAGUGAAAGAGGAUAUCUUAUGCUAGUGUAAAAUGUUGCUGGCCCAAAACAUUAGGCAUGCAAAAUGGGAAGAGGUGAGGAAAUUCCUUCAGAAACUCAGAAAUAGGUAAAUUCUCUGAGAAUCAAAAUGAUAUCCUGCUCUACAAGAGCAGAGCACAAUGGCAAAUACUCAAGCAGAACUGUUCUUCACUGAGCUACUUGCUUCUGGUGCCAGUCAGUGUAGCUACACAUGCAACCUCUUGUUCUGAAAUUGCAUCUCUUUUUAGGAUUGUGCUUGUGUCCCAAGGGUUGCUUUGUCAUGUCCACCAAGAAUAAUCAGUGGUUGAGUCAGGACUGAAGACUCAGAUUUCUUGUCUAAUAGUCCUGUGCUGAAUGCUCUUUCUUUGUUAAAAUCACCUGAAGAAGGAGCAUUAUAGUAAUGUUAACACAGUGAAUACAAGGUUAAUCAUCAGUAUUUUCCAGGGAAAGGAAAAUUCAGGAUAGCUUCUUUAACUAUGUGGAAGAAAUACAGAUUUAUAUCUUCUAUUAUCCUUGUGUUUGCUUAAUAUUUUAUAAAAUAUUUUGAGAUUGGAUCACAAUAAAUAUGUUAAAAUUACUCUAUCCCCUAUCUUGAAAUUGACAUUGAAAAUUGUCAUUCCAAUUUGAGGUUAGAAAAUAAGUCUAUUUAGUUUUUAAAAUAAGUGCUACUUGUAUUCUUUAGUAGUUGAGAUACAGUAUAACAAAUUGAGAUCACAAUAAAUUUUCUUUUCUGCUGAGUCUUACAGAAGACCUGACUGAGCAAAAAAAAAAAAAAUGCUGAUGGGUGUAUUUUGGUAUGCAGGCAAAAAUGCAAACUUCUACCUUAGUAAGCUUUAUCUCUAAUUAGUAAAGACAGUGCUCUUGUUCCUUUUUAAUAAUUUCUAGACUAUUUACUUUCAAACAUUUUUUCCACACUAAGAAUUAAUACAAUGGUGCUUGAUUUUUACAAAGUAAACCGUGUUUGAAAUUCUACAGACAGGAAGGUUGGUGUUCAUGCCAUGCUAAAUGUCCACCUCUUAGGAUGGACCACUAAAAUUUCACUCUCAGGCCAAAAAUAUAUAUCAGUGGGCUUUUCCAGUGGGAUUCUUCUUUGUAUAUGGAUUUGUGUCUAUGUCAUUUACUGUAAAAUAAGUAAGAAGUCAGGCUGCCAGCAUUUGAUGUCUGAAAUAUUUUUCUUCCCCAGAAUUGCAUAGCAAACUACCUGUUCUUUAUCUGUUACUGCUAGAUUGUCUGAACGGAUACUUUAUUUAGCGUAUGAAAAGCCAUCAUAAAAUGAAACUACUGUGGUAUCAAGAAAGAUUAUUAUAAUAGUUCUGUACUACUAUGAUAGUUCUGUUUGUAUAUUUUAUUUGUUGCAACCAGUAGCAAGACUCUUCUCUGGGUCUCUAUCUACUUUUCUUCAUGUAAUUAACUGGUGAUUUAUAAUUUCUCAGUAUUUCAACAGCAAAGAAUUCUGUAUUUUCUGUCACUUUUGCACAAAGCAAAAUUGGGAAUAAUGUCACACUUUUUUGGUGUGAUUAGAUCCCAUAUGCACAUGUAUGAAAUGUUGUAAUGUUAGUAUUUUUACCUUGCUGAUAUUCUGAGAAUGCCAUUAGAAGGGUAAGGUUUAGAUUAGUUAUUAUUUUUAUACUGCCUUACUGAGCUUCUUUGCUUGUAACAACCUUUCAGGUGGUAGAUUACCCUUUGCCAAUUCUUUAGCAGGACAAAUUGUCAGAACCUAAAGAGCUGAAAGAGCAUUCUUUGCUGAUUGCCUGUAUCUAUGUGCUCAUUCUGAAAAAAACUAAGCAAAACAAACCAUAUCUGUUGAUUCCCUGUACACUCUUUGGGUAGCUUACCUGUAAAAGGAGAUCCUCAGAGUCUUUCUACUGUGAUUAUGCUAUUAUGUCAGGUACAAAGGCAAGCAGAAACUUGCUUUGUGGUUUUUAAGGUAAAUUUAAGGGCAAAAGUUGCUUUUUAGAAGUAUACAGAGCCAGUGCCACUUUGGAGUAGUGGGUAGAUAAGUGUCUGUUUUAAAGGGAAAUAACAGAUUGUAGUGAGAAAGGGUCUGAGUUCUUAGAUGCACCAGAUAAUUUUUUUUCUGUUAUUUGAAAGCAGGAGAAGAAAUUUACUUAAGAGAAAGAAAGGCAGUGAGAAGCAUUUAUGAGCCUAUCUACCGAAAUGUAGCAGAAUGCAUUGUUUUUGGAGUAGUUCAGUAUUAAACCUCACAUGCAGCACUCCCAAUUUUAUACUCAAAAGUUUGCUGUGGACUUCCAUAAUGAGAUGAUGAAGAAUAGGAUACUGGAAAAAGAAAAAUCAGUACCAUAAUUUAAAUAACUCUAAGUAAUAGAAAAUUAAUUUGCAGAUAUUUGUAGAGAAAAUUAUAUAAGCUACUUAUAGUAUAGCAAUUUUUAAAAGCAUAAGUUUGGUCCUUUGUAGUACAUUCAGUAAUUUAACAUUAAAAAAAGAUUGUUUAUUGUUCUUGAUUGAUUUCUUUGCAAAUGUAUACAUCUGUUCUUGACUGUUUACACAUUGGGGAAGUCUUCAUGAUGAUUCUUUACAUCUUACUAAUUCUGAUUCCCAAUGUGAGCUGAUUAUGCCUGUAAAAGCAAUUUUAUUGCUUAUGAUUUGUAAACAUCAGGAGCUGAGGAGCAAUACAGAAAGAAUAUAAUUUCCAUAUUCCAAAUCUAUAGACUUUUAUUUCACUGCAGGAGUUAAUCAGCAAUGCACAUCAGAUUUUUUCCCUGCUCCAUCUGCUUGGACUCUGACAGGCAUCGAUGUGUCCUUAGCAUUAACAUUGCAAACAGUUCUCAUUCACAUCAGUUUAAAGGAUGUAGAUGCUUAAGUUCAAAUAAAAACACUCUACAGUGACAUUCCUAAGAAAACAAUGUACUGGCUUACCUGGUUAGCCCAGGUUUUGUAGCACUUGAUUUCUAAUUCCUACAUGCUUAACCAAAUGAGCACCCGUGCAGAGGCUGAGCUGCUGUUGGUACUCCGUUCCCCUUGAACCCAGUGAGCUUCCAGGUGAGUGGAUGAUCUAACUGCCCAAAUCUAUUUCAGCUGUAGGCCUAAUGUGCAGUCAAGCCUAGGUAUUCAACUAGUUGCCCUUAAGCUUAAUUUUGAACAUGUGCACUGUGUUGUGGAAGAUAAAAUGUGUGAAAUACAGUUGGUUUGACUGCUUGCCACUUCGAGCAAUAUAUUUGACUUUCCUCUUGCAUUUUGGAAUCUUGUUCUGGAGCUUGUAGUUUUUAAAAACAAGUUAAUUUCAUGUCUCUGCAAAGCGCAAUUAGAUAUGACAUUUGGAAUAAAGAACAGUACAUUAAAACAAUAACAAUUCAUCAUAUUAUGUAUCAUUCUGGCAAGCUUAAUUGUAAGAAUAUUUGCAAUCCCUGUUCCUGUUUCCAUAUACUUUUCCCAGGAUGGUGCCAGCCCAGAGCUGGGAGUUGUUAGUACAGUAUGCCAAUCAAAAAAAGGAGUCUGAUCUUUCUGAUUGUGGAUCAGGGGGUGGCAGACAAAGAGCACACUCUUAAUCUUAGCCCAGAAAAGGAUGAAUGUGAGAAAGUGCCUCUCUCCGUCUAGGCUUUAGCACAUACAUAGAAUUGCUUUCUUUUGGUAUUUUGAGUUCUCUGGCUACUUCUGAGAUUAAACCUAGCCAGAAAAGAGCAGUAAUAAAACAGUUUUAAGUUUCCAUGUAAUGCAGCUGCAACACUUAUUCUGUGUCUUCGCACUCGUCAGUUGGUUUUGAACGUACUGUUGUAGUAAUCCAGAGAGCAGAUGGGGCCUCACACUGACUACCUCUCAUGCAAUAAAACCCAGGCUCAUUCAGUAGUUAAUAUUGAUUACAGCUGAGCAUCCUUUGGCCACAUCAUUCAGGGAGGUGGUAGUGGGGGGAAGAGUAAACAAGAAAUAAUAACAAAGACUUUAUUCCAGUGAUGUAUGUGGUAUACACGAUACCCAUAAUACCAGCUCCAACUGAAGGAGGUCCUACAGCUUCUGGUAGGAAAUAAAAAGUGAAUUUGGCUAUGCUAUAGUUUUUGUUGUGCUCUAAAACGUAACAAAAGAUGUCAUCUGUUUCCUUCAGGCUAAGUCAGAUUUUCCAGGAUAUUGUGUCCAAAACAUACACACAAUUCUAAUUUUUGAGGAAACAUGAUGCUCUUUUUACCUGUUGCAAUGUAAUUGGAUAAUGCAUGUACAAAUGACUUGUGUAGCCUGCCAAUGAAUGUUGCUAAUGCCUUACCAAAAAGAAAAAGAUAAAGCAUAUUUUUUGUAAUUUUUUUUUCCUCAGAGGCAAAUCCAAACAAUGCUAGAUUUGGGAAACUGUUUACUGAAAAGCAUUUUCUAAUAGAUCUCUGAAGAAGUGCAAUUGUAUAGUUACUAUUGUUCAGUGCAUACAGUACAUUGUCUCCAUCACUCUGUACACUGCUGCUAUUAGUGCUUGUUCUAAUAAAUCUCAAUGUACACAGUUUAAA